GGAUUUCAAUUGGUUUGUUGGCAUUGGCAGAUCGGCAGAUUUCCGCGAUUUUUAAUAAUCCAGCUGUGAGUGUUGUUUUAUAUCAACAAAAAUGCAUCCAGAUCUUACUGAACGCAUAUUGCAACAUUUGGAAGGCAAUGACAAAGUCAGCACCAUUGAUUUGGCCACAUUGUUUGGCGUAGACCACCAAAAAAUUGUUGGUGCCUUAAAAAGCAUUGAAGCUCACGGCGAUUUGAUAAUCGCCGAACCAGCCUCAACAAAAAGUUUGGAGUUGACAGAAGAGGGUCAAAUUGUAAUGACAAAUGGCAGUCACGAAGCAAUACUGUAUGGAACUGUCCCUGUGGAAGGCAUUUCCCAAGAGGAACUUAUGAAGAGUGGCCCUAAUGCGAAAAUUGGCUAUAGCAAAGCCAUGGCACUUGGUUGGAUCCAUUUGGACAAAUCAGUCAGCCCACCACUUGUCAAAAGGAAAGUGGAAAAAAUCGAAGAUACAGUAAAAAAAUCUCUUGAAGAGAUUUCAAAAAAUCAAACGGAUCUGCCACCUCAUGUAAUCAAAGAAUUUAAAAAACGCAGGUUGUUGCAAGAAAUCACGACGAAAAGUUUCAUUUUGAGUAAGGGUAGCGAAUUUGCAACAACUUUAACGAAAAUGGAAACAGAUCUCACAGUUGACAUGCUUGCGAACGGCUUAUGGAAGGACCUUAAAUUCAAAUCAUACAAUUUUGAUGCACUGGGCUCUGCACCUGUGAGAGGUCAUUUGCACCCACUACAAAAAGUACGCUCAGAGUUCCGGCAGAUAUUCUUAGAAAUGGGUUUUUCGGAAAUGCCUACAAAUAACUACAUAGAGUCUUCAUUCUGGAAUUUCGAUGCACUAUUUGUACCACAACAACAUCCUGCUCGCGACGCUCAGGACACCUUCUUUAUUAGUCAUCCGGCAAAGAGUUAUAAAUUUCCGCAAGAAUAUAUGCAACGCGUACAGGAAGUACAUUCACGUGGCGGUUACGGUUCGACUGGCUAUGGCUAUGAUUGGAAAUUAGAAGAAGCACAACGUAACACAUUGCGUACACACACAACAGCGGUGAGUGCACGAAUGCUAUAUAAGUUGGCCAGUCAGCCGGAGGGGUUUCGCCCAGUAAAAUAUUUUAGUAUUGAUAAAGUAUUCCGAAAUGAAACAUUGGAUGCCACACAUUUGGCGGAAUUCCAUCAAGUGGAGGGCGUGGUAGCGGACGUUGGACUAACGCUCGGAGAUUUAAUUGGUACACUUUACGAAUUUUUCCGCAAACUUGGUAUUGAAAAGUUAGAGUUCAAACCAGCCUACAAUCCGUACACCGAGCCAAGCAUGGAGAUUUUCUGCUUCCAUCCAGGACUUAACAAAUGGAUCGAAGUGGGAAAUUCAGGUGUUUUCCGGCCAGAGCUUCUGCUACCAAUGGGCUUACCUGAAAAUGUAAAUGUUAUUGCUUGGGGUCUAUCGUUGGAACGACCGACUAUGAUAAAAUAUGGAAUCAAUAAUAUACGCGAUUUGAUCGGGCCUAAAGUCGAUUUGAAAAUGGUAGAAGAAGGACCGAUCUGUCGUUUAGAUAAAUAAAAUUUUUAUAAAUCGGGGCUUGUUUCAAGGGAUUUGAAUUAAAAU